ACUGACUCUGAGCCUAGAAGGAAUAUGGAGCACAGUGGGAGAGAUGAGUCAAGAAGAUGGAAGAUUGCAUGCAGCUUGACAAUAACGCGCUUCAAAUUUUGUGAGUGUAGAGAGCGACUCUCUCUGAAAUUGGUUAUAAACAUGGAUUCGCGGCCUUCUCGGGGAUCUCGGAGUCUUUCUCUCUUCUCGCCUCACGAACCUCGGUUUAGAAGCAAGUCCGGUGCCUCUUUUAUCGUUCAUAAAACCGCCGUAGACUUUCAGAACUUUCAACUUGUAUGCAAACAGCUGUAAUGGCCAUACCUUCCCGAGGACGAUGCAUCCAACCCAUCGAUCAUACUUCACAAUGUCGCUGUGAAUGGUUCACUGAACAGACAUCGCCUUUGCUAAACCAGUUCAGCUGUGCUGUCUGCGGACAUGGCAUCCAUUCUCAUGUUGACUAUGUUUCGACAACGGUCUGUCACAACGUAACCACUAACUGUGCGGCACAUGCCCAAAAGACACCGUUGACGCAACGGUGUACAUGUUCGAUACACCUUGCAGACCAUAUACCUAUCCUGAAUCCGUACCGUUUAUCAGAUCCGUCCUCUAUCUUGGACCUUUUCAAAAUUAGUGUCCAAGCGCAAACCGAUGGCCCACGUUCAAGUUUCUGUGCGGAUCCUAAUGCGGUUUAUAUUCCGUCCGCUCCCCUGACGUCUCGCACGCCCUUUCCUCCCACUAGCACUAACGCAUCCAGUCUUCCAGACGAUGCGGAAAAUAUCACACACUCACGGACAAACGAAACAACACAGAAUGUCGAGCAGCACGAGUUUCCGUUCAGGUACUAUGUUCCACGAUAGUAAGCCUUACGCCAGCGCCGAUAUAUAUAUCUAUAUUGUAUUGAUUUCUGCCAGUUGUUGAAUGUAGUGUACAAUGGCUUCGGUACGGUACUUCACAUUUCCAUAGAAUAUGUAGCUAUAGUGCAUUCCUUUUUUUAUAUUAUUUGCUCCAGCAGAGCAAGUCUCG